AUGUCUACAACAUUUACCAUAAAUGGACAACCUUAUACGGUAAACCUAGCUGAUCUGCCACCCGACAUCACCCUGAACACCUUCAUACGGGAGCAUGCCCAACUGACGGCCACGAAGUUCAUGUGCUUGGAGGGGGGCUGUGGAGCCUGUGUGUGCGUUGUGCGCGACGCCAACGGACCCAGAGCCGUCAAUUCGUGCCUCAAACUACUGAAUACCUGCACCCAGCUGGAUAUCGUUACAUGCGAGGGACUGGGCAGUCAGCGCAGCGGUUACCAUCCGAUACAGAAGCGUCUGGCCAAGAUGAAUGGCACCCAGUGCGGGUACUGCUCCCCGGGAUUCGUGAUGAACAUGUACGGGCUGCUGGAGCAGCACGACGGUAAGGUGACCAUGGCGGUGGUGGAGAACGCCUUUAGUGGCAACAUUUGUCGCUGCACCGGCUACCGUCCCAUUCUGGAUGCCAUGAAGUCCUUUGCGGUGGACAGCGAUAUCCAGGUUCCCGCCGAAUGUGCGGAUAUCGAGGAUCUGAACCUGGAGGCCCGCAACUGUCCCAAGACGGGGCAGCCCUGUAGAGGCAGCUGUCAUCGGUCCACUUUGGUCUAUGAGAACGGGAGCCAGUGGCACUGGCCCAAGACCUUGAAUGAGCUGUUUGAGGCCCUGGACAAGAUCGGAGAGGCAGAUCAAUUCAUGCUGGUGGCUGGCAACACGGCGCAUGGUGUCUACAGACGAUCGACGGACAUCAAGCACUUUAUCGAUGUGAGUGGAGUGGAGGAGCUGCAUGGGCACAGCACUGAGGGGCAGCAGCUAAAGCUGGGCGCGAACCUCAGUCUGACGCAGACCAUGGACAUCCUUAUUACGACGGCCAAGCAGCCCGGCUUUGAGUAUCUGGAGGUUCUAUGGAACCAUUUGGAUCUCAUUGCGAAUGUCCCCGUGCGCAAUUCGGGGACUUUGGCUGGAAACAUCUCUAUUAAGAAACAGCAUCCCGAGUUCCCAUCGGAUGUCUUUCUGUCCUUCGAGGCUUUGGAUGCAAAGGUUCUGGCAAUGAAAAGUGCCACUGAGGAGCAGGAAAUUACCCUUGCCGAAUACUUGGGCGCAACCGAUAGAAAGCUUGUGGUGAAAGCAUUCCUCCUGCCUGCCUAUCCCAAGGAUAAGUUUAUAUACGAGUCCUACAAAAUCAUGCCACGGGCCCAGAAUGCCCAUGCCUAUGUCAAUGCCGCUUUUCUUCUCGAGUUGGAAAACGGUUCAAAGGUGAAGAAUGCCAGGAUUUGCUUUGGUGGCAUCCGACCCGACUUUGUCCACGCCACCGCCAUUGAGCAGUUGAUGGUGGGACACAGUCCCUACGAGAGUGGAAUCAUAGAACAGACGUUUGAUUCGCUACCAAGUGUUUUCAAUCCAGACGAGGUCCUGCCUGAUGCCAGUCCUGCCUAUCGCACGAAAUUGGCUUGCGGAUUACUCUACAAGUUUUUUCUGAAGCACGCCCCACCUGCAGAGGUCGCGGAGAAUUUCAAGAGUGGCGGCCAACUUCUUCAGCGGCAGCUCUCAUCUGGUCUUCAGCUCUUCCAGACGCAGAAGCAGAACUACCCAGUCACCCAGGCAGUGCAGAAGUUAGAGGGCAUGAUCCAGUGUUCCGGCGAGGCCACGUACAUGAACGAUGUGCCCACCACCUCCAACACCGUUCACUCCGCUUUCGUGGGCGCCACAAAAGUGGGAGCCACCAUCGACGACAUUGAUGCCAAAGAGGCGCUGCAGCAACCUGGUGUGAUUGCCUUCUACUGUGCCAAGGAUGUGCCUGGGGCAAACACCUUCUCGGAUCCCAGCUUUGGCUACCAGGCGGAGGAAAUCUUCUGCUCGGGGCUAGUGCGUCACUCGGAACAACCGGCGGGAGUGAUCGUAGCCCUCACUGCCGAUCAGGCUCAGCGGGCGGCAAAGCUGGUGAAGAUCAGCUACAGUCGGGCGAGCUCCGACUUCAAAUUGAUGCCCACUUUGAAGGAAGUUUUUUCCUCUGCCACCCCGGAUCCAUCACGUAUAAUUGCAGUGGCCAAAUCGAAACUAAAGGAAGUAACAUUCUCCGACAAGCCUGAUAUGGAAGUAAGGGGCAUCUUCGACAUGGGCCUGCAGUAUCACUUUACGAUGGAGCCACAAACGACUGUAGCCAUUCCUUUCGAAGACGGCCUGAAGGUAUUCUCGGCUACACAGUGGAUGGACCACACGCAGUCUGUCAUCGCCCGCAUGCUCCAGAUGAAGGCCAAAGAUGUGCAAUUACAGGUUCGUCGAUUAGGCGGUGGCUAUGGCUCAAAGAUCUCCCGCGGGAAUCAGGUGGCCUGCGCCGCUUGUUUGGCUGCCUUCAAGCUUAAUCGUCCUGUUCGCUUUGUCCAGACUCUGGAGUCCAUGAUGGACUGCAAUGGCAAGCGCUGGGCCUGUCGGUCUGAAUAUGAGUGCCAUGUGAAAGCCAGUGGGAAAAUGGUCGGCUUGUCGAACGAUUUCUACGAGGAUGCAGGCUGGAAUACCAACGAGAGUCCUGUGGAGGGUCACUCGACCUAUACAGCUGGCAAUUGCUACGAGUUCACAGACAAAAACUUCAAGCUCAGUGGCCAUGAGGUGCUCACAGAUGCCCCCAGCUCCACUUGGUGUCGUGCCCCGGGCUCUGUUGAGGGCCUGGCCAUGAUGGAGAACAUUAUUGAACAUGUUGCCUUUGCGGUUCAGCGAGAUCCUGCAGACGUGCGCCUUGCAAACAUCAGCAAGAAGACCAAGAUGGCCACUCUGCUGCCAGAGUUCCUCAAGUCGAGGGAGUACUAUGCCAGGAAAAAGGAGAUCGAUACCCACAACGCCAACAAUCGCUGGAUGAAACGAGGUCUCGGCCUUUCCGUAAUGAACUUUCCAGUCAUCUAUAUAGGACAGUUUCCGGCCACAGUGGCCAUCUACCAUGUGGAUGGCACUGUUGUAGUCACCCACGGAGGCAUCGAAAUGGGGCAAGGUAUGAACACAAAGAUCGCCCAAGUGGCUGCCUAUACGUUGGGAAUAGAUUUGAGCUACAUUAAAGUGGAAUCCUCUGACACCAUCAAUGGAGCCAACUCCAUGGUGACGGGCUAUGCCAUUGGCAGUGAGAGUGUCUGCUAUGCAGUCCGCAAGAUCUGCGAGACCCUCAACGCUCGCCUGAAGCCCGUGAGGAAGAGCAAAGCCAGCUGGGUGGAGACCGUGGAAGCCGCCAAUGCCGCCUUGAUCAAUCUGAUCGCCUCCGAUCACUACAAAACGGGUGAUAUGCAGAACUAUCAGGUGCUUGGACUGGCCCUGUCCGAAAUCGAGAUGGAUGUGCUCACUGGGAACAUUGUGAUCCGUCGCGUCGAUAUCCUCGAAGAUGCUGGAGAGAGUCUCAGUCCCUAUAUCGAUGUCGGUCAGGUCGAGGGCGCCUUUGUCAUGGGUCUGGGCUACUGGCUCAGCGAACUCCUGAUCUACGAGAGCGACAAUGGCCGCCUGCUCACCAAUCGCACCUGGAACUACCAUCCACUGGGGGCCAAGGACAUUCCCAUCGAUUUUCGCAUUGAACUGGUGCACAAUCCCAAGCCCAAUGGGGCUGGCUUUAUGCGCUCCAAGGCCACUGGAGAGCCGCCCUGCUGUCUGGCUGUGAGUGUGAUAUUUGCCCUACAGCAGGCAAUGCAAUCCGCUCGAGAGGAUGCUGGCCUGCCGCGGGAGUGGCUACGAUUAGGAGCUCCAACCACACCCGAGACUCUGCUCCUCAAUGCGGGCCAUGAAGUUACGGAUUUUAAGCUCAAAUAGGUA